AUGGACACAGGUCUGACCAGCCUUGCUCUCGGCAGCAGGGCCACUUUGGUGGCGCGGGCGAUCGCCGCCAACACAGAGUCGGGCACGGAGAUGAUGGGGCUUUGCCCUGAGCAGCGCUUCCUCGUGGACGCCCACAUCGAUCAGGACACGCUGGUCACUAUCUACAACGCGGAGCUUUCGGCCGCUGGGCCAUUGCCUCGGCUUCAUUUGGACAAUCAUGCGGGAUGGAUCGCCCAUUUGAAGCCCACCCAUGGGGCUUUCUUCCAGCUCAAAGAGCUCUGCGCCGGUCUUGGUGGCUUCUCUCAGGGAGCCAACUUCGUGGGAAUCAAAACGGUCGCCUGCCUCGACCACAGCCGGCUGGCAUGCGAUGCACUUCGGCUCCAGGGCCAUGAGGUGGUGCAUGCCCAGAUGGAGGACAUGGAGGCGCUCUUCAAGUUCCACCAAAUCGGAUUGGCUCAACCAUGCCUGCUUUCGGCAGGCUUUCCAUGCCAGCCAUACAGUGCCCAGGGGGACCAGCAAGGAAUGCGUGACAGCCGGGGGCAAACACUGAUCUCCAUCUUGAAGGCCUCCUGGUAUUUGCAAUCCGUGGGCCUCAUCCUGGAAUGCGUGCACAAUGCCCGACACAAUGUGGACGUGCAGAACCUCCUCGCGCAAUAUGCCAACUUACGAAGAUGGCAAGUACACCACGUCACCCUUGACCUGCAAGACCAAUGGGCCAGCAAGCGCAAGCGAUGGUGGUGCAUCAUGAUCCCAAAAGACUCACGAGUGCCCUUUUCUAUGCACCCGUGGCCCAGCACCAAUCCUUUUCCCAACGUGGGAUCAGUCAUUCAGGAGUGGCCUGUUUGGAGCAAUGCUGAUGAGUCCAACCUUCAGUGGACAUCGGAGGAGGAGCAGAAGUACGGCGAUCCUCAGCAUGCUCUGUGCCUAAUCGGACAACUGGCAGCACCCUUGCAGGCGGUUUGGGUUUUCGGCCACAUCGUCAACUGGGUUAUCCAUAUCAACACUGGACGCCCAAAGCGCUCGCCAGUUGGAAUGAUCCAGGAGUACCAACACAAGCUCCUGCAAGACCGGCUUCUAUGCUGGACCACACCGUCCAUGUUCAUGCCGCGCACCCUCACCCUCACUGAGGAUGGAGAACCCGAUGCCCUGAUCACGCUAGACAAGCCAACUACUCUGGCUCAGCUCAAGAAGGCUGAAACCUCGCUCCAAGGGUGGGGAGCAGCAAUCCGUGUCUACCCAGCCGGUUACAACAAAACCGACAAUGAGCUGAUCACCAGCGCAACAGACCGGCUUGAGUGCGCAGUCAGCCGCUCCACCAAACGCCAGGUACGCAACUACUACGAGACGGCUUCCUCCACUCGCCUCCGGGCAGCCGGACUGGCCACAGCCGACCAGACUUGGGAUGACCUUGCGGUCCUCACCAACAUCCACAAUCUCAUCAACUACAACGCCUGUCUUGAUCCCCGUCCAUGGACCGUCAUCACGCCACACCAGGCACACGCACUGCUUGGGAACACCACUGUCCAUUCUCGCGUCCACGACGACAUCCGGGUUCCCCACACGGAUCGCCUGGUCAUUAUUUUCCCUUGCAACCAGCACUGGACGCUGCUCACUUGCGAGCAGGAGACUGUGGCGCAAUUGCUGCUGCCCACUUUGGGUGGCACCUCCAACUGUGGGACCACAUUACUCAAGCCCACCUCAGACGAUGGCACCACUCCUUCGCCACGCUUAGCCAGCCUGGUGAACUCCGAGCAGGACAGGACCGACCAGGCAAUUGCCAAGCUCGGCACUGGGCCCAUCCAAAAGGCCCUGUUCCGCUGGAUUCUAUACGACGAACUACAGGACCACAUUGCAUCACGGGCCAGCUCCGAACACGGAGCGUACAUCCCAGCAGCCAAAAACAAAAAAGCCAAGCAGGGCUACAAGCCUCACAACCAGCCCGAACUCCACGUUGAUCCCAACCAGCUCAUCGUCCCCGACGGCAUCUUCACAGAUGACGAGGACAACAAAAUCAGCCAGAUUCCUCUUGCUGAAGUCAGCGCCAACAAGAGAGGCUUUGCCAUCACUACAGUCGCCGAUGCUAUGCACUUCAUCAACGACGCCCAGAGCAUUUCCACGGAUGCCCUUGCCAUCAUUACUACCUCUGAGCUCCCCACGCAGCCCACUGUGCAGCAAGCCGAAACCAUUCGGUUCCCGGCGGUCUACACCGGGACCAACGAACCUGUCCUCCUGACAGGGAGCCUCAUCCAGAUCGGCGACAUGACGGUCAAGCGAGUCACCAAAUCCGCCGAACCCCUCCAGGAUGAGAUCGCCACAGCUACGAUUCGGGUCAGCGUCUUUGCCGACGAGUGCCCUCACGACUGGCAGGCUUUCGUCAAAGCCCCGAUCAAGUCCAUCGUCAAGAACACGCCACUGCUCCAGAAGUGCCCAGAAGCAUCCUGUAGCGGCAGAUGUGGCAAAUUCCACCCGGCCAUCGAGGAACCCGUCGACUAUGUCAUACAAGACGUGUGGGCUUGGACUUAUGCCUCGGCAGAUGGAAAACGGACUGCCAUCGAGCACUGUGUCCUCUUCCAUGCGCACAUCCGGGUACCAGAAUCAGCCAGCCCACUCCUCCAGACCGUCUCUGGCAACAACGGCACUUACUUCGAUCCACGUGCCCCUGAUGGCAGAGCCAUUGACCCACGAUACACCGUGAUCUGGCUGCCAGGCGCCAACAUCCAGGAUGCCAAACACCGGGCUCGCACAUGCGACUCUGCCUUGGCCAUCACUCGGCUCGGCAACAAAUUCGGCAUUCGCGUCCAGGAGCAGGUCAUUGUCACCAAAGUCAAAGACGUUGGUCCAAAAUCCAGCAGCAGUUCUACCUUGUGCGCCACUGGGCGCACCAGAAAGCAUAUCCAGCAAGGAGCCACCUCCAACCCCACCACUGCCGGCCCUCAACAGGACCCAUGGCUCCUCGGCGGCGAUCCAUGGGCAAAAUGGCACCACGCCAGCGGGGACAUCACCAUGUCACCAGUCGUCCCGCAACAGUCGGCCACCAGCUCCAAGAAAAUCGACCAACUCGGCACGGCCCUCAAACAGGACAUGCAGGAAGCCAUACGCACGGAGGUAGCUAAAAACGCGGAUGCCUCGAAGCUCAUGCAACUCGAGGUCAGUGUCCAAGAGCUCCGCGACCAAGGCAAACGCUUCGAAAACUGGUUCCACGAGGUCAGCCAACAUGGCCAGAAGCAGGGAGAAGACCUCAAGCUUCUGCAACAGGUCGUCACACAGCAGCAAGGCGACCUCACCGAGGUCAAACAACAAAUCCGCAGCCAGGGAGACGCGCUCCAAGCCGCUGUUGGCAACAUCAAGCACGACCUCUCCUCCCAGAUCGACACGCAGUUCCAACGCUUUGAGGAGCUUCUGGCUGUGGGUACCACAAACCCCUCGGGAUUGAACGGCAAGGAGGACCUCCAAAUCCAACAAGGCCCAGGAAUUUGGCAUCUCGCCGAAACACAACUGUCCCAUGUCACGGGACCCAUUGUGCGCAGAAAACUCGCGCAGCUCGGCCGUGCCCAACAGCGGCAGGUCCGAUGCAUUGAGGGUGCUCCUGCUCCGCUCAGAGCGCACUCCCACUGGGCUGGAUCAUGGACUGGAGUGCUCAUCGCUACAGACCUUCCAGCACGACCCCUCACUCUGCCCUGGGACGCCGGCGUCUUUGAGACCGGCAGAGUCACCACGGCCAGGCACAUCUUCGACGGUGUGCCUAUCACUACGACCGCCGUAUACGGCUUCCCACCGGGCCCAACUUACCCGGACGCCCGUGCUCUCACAGAUCGCCUGUUAGCCACCAUCACACGUGAAAUAGUGGUCGGACUCCAAGGAGUCCGGGUGGUGGCUGGAGACUUCAACCACGAUGAGUCUACCCUACCACAAAUCGCCCUCUGGAAGCAACACGGCUGGGUAGAGGCACAGCAGCUUGCCUUGGCCCUUUGGCAGCAACAGCCCCAGCCAACGUGCAAGGGUGCCACCCAACGGGACCUGAUCUUUCUUUCGCCCGAGGCAGCCGCCUUGACACAACGCGUCCGAAUAAAAGACGUUUACAUGGAACACUCCUCGGUCAUCGUCGAUCUGUGGACCAAGGCCCAGCAGCAACAAAUUCGAAGGUGGCGACAACCAGCCGCCAUCCCAUGGGGCUCCAUCAACAUCCCAGGAUGGCACUCCGCCAGCCUUGCAUGA